UGAAUAAAUGGAUACUAAUAAAUCUACUGAUUACUGAAAAUGUGAUAAAACUUCCACUUUGACCUUAUUUCUGUCUGUUUUGCCAUUUUUAGGACUGUCCGUUUUAUUAGGCUCUGAUGACGUCAUCGCAUCCACGUUGGAGUCCAACAUGGCGGAAGAGACAACUACAGCUAUGCUGGCAGUCCUACUUUGCCUGUGUGUCCCACCAGCCUUUGGGUUCUAUGUGCCUGGUGUUGCACCGGUGGAGUUUACAGCUGGGAUGCCAGUAGAUGUCAAGGCUGUAAAGAUGACCAGUACAAAGACCCAGCUCCCAUACGAGUACUACUCAGUGCCAUUCUGUCAGCCAGACAAGGUCAAGUACAAGGCUGAGAACCUUGGAGAAGUUCUGAGAGGGGACAGGAUUGUCAACACACCAUACCUGGUGAACAUGAAGGAAGACAAGGCAUGUGAGGUGCUGUGUGUGAAGCCAGAUAAGGCAUUGAAGUGGACCAAGGCAGAGUCAGACCUGGUAGCAGAAAAGAUCCGUCAGGACUACAGCAUUCACUUUAUUGCAGACAACCUCCCCUCUGCUACAAGGUUUGAGAUGCUGGACACAGGACAAGUCAUGUAUGAGCACGGCUACAGAAUCGGAUAUGUGGUGGACAAUGUGCCAUACAUCAACAACCACUUGAAGCUUGUGUUGCACUACCACACAGAAGAUGAGGAAACCUUCCGAGUAGUUGGCUUUGAAGUGGAGCCAAGGAGUAUAAAAUAUGGUGAGCUGACAGUGAAGGAUGGAAAGUGCAGCAUGCCAUCAGACCCUGAGAAGAAGCUUGCUGGUCAGGCUGUGAAGGAGAAGCAGGAAACAGAGGUCAUGUUCACAUAUACAGUGGAAUGGAAGAGAAGCCUUGUGCGCUGGGCAUCUCGCUGGGACACCUAUCUCACCAUGACAGAUGUACAGAUUCAUUGGUUCUCCAUCGUCAACUCUGUCGUGGUAGUCUUCUUCCUCGCUGGAAUCCUAACCAUGAUCAUGGUGAGAACUCUGAGGAGAGACAUUGCCAACUACAACAGGGAGGAGGAUGUGGAGGAGACACUAGAGGAGACAGGGUGGAAGCUGGUGCAUGGUGAUGUGUUUAGACCACCACGUUACACCAAGCUGCUCUCAUCACUGGUCGGGGCAGGAGUGCAAAUCUUCUUCAUGUCUGUCAUUACAAUAGCAUUUGCUAUGUUGGGUAUGUUGAACCCAUCCAUGAGAGGUUCCCUGAUGACAUCUAUGAUCUUCCUGUUUGUCUUCCAUGGGUUAAUUGCUGGGUACUUCUCUGGAAGACUGUAUAAGAGUAUGAAAGGUACCACAUGGAAAACGGCAGCAUUCCAGACUGCCACGAUAUACCCAGGCAUUGUGUUUGGCACCGCUUUCCUGCUGAACUUCUUCAUCUGGGGGGAGCACUCCUCCGGGGCCGUGCCCUUCACCACCAUGCUGGGCCUGCUGGCCAUGUGGUUUGGCAUCUCCCUACCACUGGUGUACCUGGGCUACUACUUUGGGUUCAGGAAACAGCCAUAUGAGGUCCCCGUGCGAACCAAUCAGAUCCCUCGUCAGGUUCCCGAGCAGGUCUGGUACAUGAACCCGCUAGUGAGCAUGCUCAUGGCAGGCAUCCUGCCCUUCGGUGCCGUCUUCAUCGAGCUGUUCUUCAUCCUGACUGCCAUCUGGGAGAACCAGUUCUACUAUCUGUUUGGCUUCCUGUUCCUGGUGUUCAGCAUCCUGGUGAUCUCCUGCUCCCAGAUCUCCAUCGUCAUGGUGUACUUCCAGUUGUGUGGGGAGGACUACCACUGGUGGUGGAGAUCCUAUAUAGUCUCAGGAGGGUCAGCCAUCUAUGUGUUCCUGUAUGCCAUAUUCUACUACAUGACUAAGCUGGAGAUAGAAGACUUCAUCCCAGGGCUGCUGUACUUUGGCUACACGUCCCUCAUGGUCUUCACCUUCUGGAUCCUGACAGGAACUAUUGGCUUCUAUGCUGCCUAUAUCUUUGUCAGAAAAAUCUACAGUGCCGUCAAGAUAGAUUAACGACCAUUAACAGCUUUGAGCAAUCAUGAGCAAUGUAGAGAGAGUCUAUCUGUAGGCCUCUUGUUAUUCUUCCUAUUGAUGGCUUUCCAAACUGGACGGAUGGAAAAGACAUAAUGUUGCUUUGGUGGUUUUGUAAGUGAAAGAAUAUUAAUUACUCUGGAGUCUGGAAGAAACUAAAAACUCCUGUUGUUCAUAUUUACACCUUCAUGUUUGGAAGGAUUUUACAUUACCACACGUGAUGUUGGGUGAAAGAAUGAAUGUUGACAUAAUCAGACAGCUAUGUGUGUAUAUACAUUGUCACGCAGUCCUGAUAAAAUCAUCAGGAGGCCAUUGCAAGCAUUGUUUGUAUGGAAAGCCAUCAAUAGCAAGUUAAGUUGAAUGUGAAAUUUUGGUUCAACUAUAACAAAUUCCAUAGAUCUCCCACAUUUAGAGACUUUUUUGUUGUUGUUGUAUAUUUCUAUGGUGGAACGGGAGAAGUAUAGUAGGCUGAAAAGGGUACAAGUCACUUAAGUUAGAUUUAGAUUGAUAUGAUGCUUAUUUGUUCUACUAUACAUGUACAUGUACUUGUAGUAAAAAUAAUGUGGCAUUCACAAUUAUCAUAAAAUACAUUUACACACGAAACUGAACUAAUUCCUCAAAGUACGGACUGGCUACUUUCACAUACAUGAUGUUGAUACUUAUCCUUUGCUACAUUGCAAGUUGUAUGUACUUUUGUUUAUGUCUGCAAGUAAGUUGACCUAUCUGCCAAUGCCACAUGUGACAGGAUAAGAGUUUAGUGUGCAUUGCCCAAGAUGUUUUAAGAUUCCUUUGAAAGUUGCAAUCAAUUCAGUUAUGUAAAGAGAGAACAUAUUAUCAAGCAGUGUGUGCUAGGCAUUUAAGUAUAACAUUUUGCUUUUUAUGAGUAUUGCAGUCAUGUAUGUAAAUUUAUUAUGUUUUUUGGGGGGUCAAAAAUAGUAUUGAGAUGUGCAUCAAACAUUAAGUUAGGUCAUGUUGAAAAGGGCUUUAUGAUCUCUUUUGUAAUCUACAACUCUUGAGUCAGCGUGAAUUCAGCUAUUGCCAGUAUGUGAGGCAAGUAAACUUGGCAUUGUAGCUACACAGCCAACUGUAAGAUAGUUACCAUAUGAUGCAUAUGUUAUCUGGCUUUGCUUACAUGGUACAUUGCAUUGUGCAGCAUCUUUUCUUAGGCCAUAUUGAUUUGAUUAUAUGGAUGCUGCAUUGCUGCUGGAUGCACAUUAGUUUUUGUCAGUUUUUGACCAUACAGCAUACUUUAAAUUGUACAAAUCAGCUGUAGAUAAGUACAUAUGUAUACCAUAAAUUGACAAAAGAUAUCGGAAUAUGGGUACUAAAGUCAUAGAAUGCCAAAGUCAAUUUCAAAAUCAAGGAAUUAGGUGUGAAAGAACAAAAAAUUGUAUUGUUCGGUUUACAGUGUUUAGUCAUUUAUCCACCUUCCUGAUCACUUAUAUUUCAUACUAGAGGCAACCUUCUUGGGGCCAAACUGUUUUAUUUGCUUGCUCGCAUCAGUUUUGGGGUUCCCAGAGGAUGUCAUCCAUAUUAUCAAAUCAACAUGGCCUUACCCAAAUUCAGGAAAAUUGAAUAGCCUGACUUGCCAUUUCAGUCUGCAAAAUUCAUGCUACAAAUGUAGCUGUUGAUCUGAAAAAUUCCAUUACUGAUAAGGUAGUAUGAUGUUUUAUUUUCUAGUGUUUGUUGAUUUCUACAGACUUGGAUGUUAUGUACUGUACGUUUUUUGGUAUCACUGGAUUUUUUUUUUUGCCCUAUAAGGCGGUGAAGGAUUUUUUUGGAGAGAAUUAUGUAAAUAGAGGUGUACUUUAAAUGGCUAUAUUUAUUGGAGUAUUUCUUGUUAUUUUACUAUGGGCAGAUGCACUUACGAAAUCUUGUCUUUAUCAAUGUUUCAUGCAUAUCUGGCAUGAUUGUGUAGAAACUAGUGUCAAUGGUUUACUUGGUGAUGACUACACUUCCUUAGUAGUAGCUUUGUCAAAAGUAUUGUACUGUGGCCAGUUCCAAACCUGUCAGAGAAAUUUCAAUAUAUUGACAAUUUGUAUAGU